AAUAGCACGCAGUACGUGACCGACCUCUGAGAUAGGCAGUAGAAAACAUUCUCUCUGGAUGUGCUCAUUUGCGUAUUCAAUCUCAUGUGCGUGUUGAUUGCCUUUUCGCAGUUGCUUCAUUGCUGAUAACUGAAAAUCGUCAAUUGGACGAGUAUUCACGGGCCGUCUACCUGCAAUAACCGGUGCAACGGCCAUGACGUCUAAAACGGCCAACGAAAAAGGCCAGAAAGAUGAAGACGACAUCGACGUUGAUGAUCUUCUUACGCAACUGUCGGCCGAGGAGUUGGAAAUGCUAUCCAAAGAAGUAGACCCUGAUGACCAAUUCAUACCUCCUGAUCAGCGCAGCAAUUAUCACUGCGAUCGGAAGGCCACUGGCAAAAUGGACAAAAAACAUCUCAGCGAUCACAUUAGCAAGAUGGCAAUGGAAAUACCCGAUCAACCUGAGAAUGUGCCAUUCACCAGCAAAAAGUAAGAGGCAUACGCAAGUCUAAUUUCUACGCUUUAAACGAUUGCUUUAAGAAAAGCCAUCGUAUGGCGAAGAUGACGUCUUUUGUUAUUCCUUUAACGCGAUCCCAAGCCGCUGAUGAAAAGAAAUCAUCCAACAUUUUCAAUUUCAGUUAGUUGUCCAACUUAAUAGUGCAAUAAUGCAGCCCUUUUUCGAUACAAUCCAAUGGUCAGCUGUCAUGUUUCCCCUCCCCAAUCUCAUCUCACACGUUGAUUACAAAGAGAAAUACUUUGAAAUUCAAUCGAGCGUGUAGCUGAAAUGUAAAUCAUUAUUACACAAUUGAUAAAUUA